AUGGUGGGUCUAUUUUCGAGAUUCACCGUUAAAAAGAGUAUGCAUCGACGCACGCAAAGUGCCCGCUUGGAUGACAGGGACGUGCUUCCAGCAAACGCAGAGGCGGCAGUUUCUGUUGCUGCAAGUGCGGCGGCCACUGCAACUUCACAUGGAAUUGAAGUGGCUGUGGAGUUUAAGCCGGUUGAACAUCCGGUCGAGCCUCUUGACAAUGAUCGACCAGUUCAAUGUCCAUUGCCAGAACCAUCUAUUCUCAAUGACGGAAGAAUAUGGAAAGAGCGAGCCUCUGCUACCAUGCAUAGAAGAGGAGACCUGCCAGUAAUGAAAGAAGGGGAAACCCUCGAGCAAGAAGGUGGUGGUAAUACUCGGCCGCGAAGAUCACGUUCUAAUCGAAUGAUCCUACCAUCUGUUAGUGCUCCUGAGCAUAAUCUUCUAAAACUUCUUGAAGAGUCAGGCAUCUAA